AUGUCAUUCCGAGGAGGCUUCAGAGGCGGCGACAGAGGCGGACGCGGCGGCUUCAGCAGAGGCGGUGGUAGAGGCGGCUUCCAAUCCUACGGCCCUCCAGAUCAAGUCUAUGAAAUGGGCCAGUUCAUGCACGCAACCGAAGGCGAGCUGGUCUGCGAAUCCAUCAACCCGAAAAUCCCCUACUUCAACGCCCCCAUCUACCUCGAGAACAAAACGAGCAUCGGCAAAGUCGACGAGAUCCUCGGGCCACUGAACCAAGUCUUCUUCACCAUCAAACCGCAAGAGGGGAUUCAAGCGACGAGUUUCAAGCAAGGGGACAAGUUUUUCAUUGGAGGGGAUAAGCUGUUGCCGUUGGAGAAGUUUCUGCCGAAGCCGAAGCCGCCGCCUGGGGCGGCGAGGGUGAAGAAGGCUUCGAGAGGUGGAGAUAGAGGGGGUAGGGGUGGGAGGGGUGGGUUCACGAGCAGAGGGCGUGGGGCGCCGAGGGGGAGAGGGGGACCGCCCGGGCGGGGUGGAUCGAGAGGGUUUAGUUCGAGGGGUGGGAGUGGGUUCAGUAGCAGAGGACGCGGUGCGCCAAGGUCGAGAGGAAGGGGAUACUGA